AUGCGCCGUGAGCGAAGAACGGCGAUCGGCGCUGUAACAUUAUUCUUGGCCACCGCGUGGCCAUCCGCCCAUGCCCAGCAAUGGGACUGGGAUGAACUUGGGACCUGCCAUAAACCGGAACCCCUCGACAUAUUCGCAAUGCGCUCGGCCAUCCUCGCCGCCGUAGGCCUGUCGUCCACGGCCGCGGCCCUCGUCAGUCGCGACGGCAAGACUGGUCGUCUUCCCGCGCUGGGAUGGAAUUCGUGGAACGAGUACGGGUGCGACAUCAACGAGACGGUAUUCCUCACCGUCGCGCAGCACAUUGUCGACCUGGGGCUGAAGGAUCUGGGGUACGAGUACGUCAACAUUGACGACUGCUGGAGCGACAAGGAGCUGCGGAGGGAUAACGUCACCAAGGAGAUUAUUGUCGACAAGGUGAAGUUUCCGCAGGGAAUCAAGCAUACGGUGGAUAAGAUCCAUGAAUUGGGGUUGAAGGUUGGGAUCUACAGUGAUGCUGGAACUUCUACUUGCGGCGGUUUCGAGGGAUCGCUAGGCUACGAAGAAAUCGACGCCGCCACGUUUGCGAAAUGGGGUAUCGACUACCUAAAGUACGACAACUGUAACGUCCCGAAAGAAUGGUUCGACGACUGGAAAUACUACUCCCUCUGCGCCUGGGGCCACGCCCACGUCGAGGCCUGGGGCAACGAGACGGGCCACAGCUGGCGCAUGUGGGGCGACAUUUACCCAGAGUGGUACGGCCAGCACCAGUGGUCCUGGGGCCUGAUGCCGAUUUUGAAUCAUGCUGCCUUCUGGAGCGGUCCCGACGUAAACGGGUUCUGGGGCCACGGAGACUGGGAUAUGCUCGAGGUCGGCAACGGGAACCUGACGCUGCAGGAGAGCAGAAGCCAUUUCGCGUUUUGGGCCGCGCUGAAGAGUCCUUUGAUCAUCGGCACCAAGUUGGAGGGCAUUCAGCCCGAGAUUUUGCAGAUAUUGUCGACGAAGGAGCUGGUGAAAUUUAAUCAGGAUCCGGAGUUCGGGGCCGCGGCGCAGCCGUAUAAGUGGGGCGUGAACCCGGACGGAGCGUGGAAUAUUACGCACCCUGCCGAGUUCUGGUCCGGGGCUUCGGUAGAGGGUACGCACGUGUUUGUGCUCAACACGCUGAGUGGCACCGAGAAGAAGACGGUCGCGUUCAAGGAUGUUCCUGGGCUAGAGGCUGGAAAGAAGUAUGUUGUGCACGACAUGUGGACUGGCAAGGAUCUCGGCGUGUUUGAGGACGAGUACGUCGUGGAACUGGAGAGUCACGAUACGGCUGCGUUGAGGAUCAAUGAGGUCAAGUGCGUCAAGAGGGCGGCACGGGGAUAA